AUGACUACGACUCGACAACCUGGAUAUAUCAAUUCGGAUGCCUGCAUAUUCGAUGGCUAUUCCAAACCCACCUACCCGCCGGUGAUUGAAAUGGAAGAUGUGGAAAUCCUUGUACACACAUCAGCACCAAGCCGAGGACAAGAUGAUGCUCGAUAUCGCGCUCUAGCUCGAGCAUAUUUGCAAUUCGCACCAGCGACGCGUCAAAGAGUCGAAUUCGAUCGAGAGGUUGUGGAAGAUGAUAUCGACGCGCAGGCUGAGGUGCAGAUUCGGGAGGAACUUGUAGAAAGUACUCAAGAAGAGCCGCAAUCUUGGGAAUCGUACCAACCCGAUGAGGAAGAUGAAGGUCACGGGGACGACAACUCGGACUCGGAAAGUGAGCUGGAUCCAACUCAGCAUGAACCUCACGACCGACCUACUCAACUGAGAUCUUUGGAAUCGCCUCUACUCUCGUUCAAGAGCGCUGCAAAUAAUGUCAAUACACCGGCUUUUGCGACACGACAUGUCACGUGGACGCCUCCCCUUCGUAGUUGGAGGGAAGAUGAGACACAGAAAUCGACGAGUUCAGGGCAAGGUCCUCCAAGUACGAUUGCAGACUCUCAACCGGAACAUAGGACUGGAUUAGAAGCCUUUUCUUCGCCCACACGAAUGCUUGAGCUUCUUCUACAACAGAUUGAUAGCUCUGAUCAAGAGUCACCGGAAAAUCAUACACAUCAUAGGCAAACAAGGGUGGAGGACUCGCCUUCACAGAGGUUGUCUACUCCAAGGUUUCAAAAUUCAGAUGUUUCGAAUUCUCAAUCACAUAUCAAUUCGGCUUUGUCAUUUCCUUCGUCUCCUCCAUUAGUGCAACAAGCAGACGUCAAUGUCACCACUGCGAGUCCUAUUCUAGGGAAUCCAGUUUCUUCAGAGGAACAAUCUUUUACUGGAAUUACAGUUUCAACUUCCACAUCAUCUAGUAUACCUCCGCCUCUUUCUAGCAGUCAUCAAGGUUUGCUUGCUGACAUACCACCUAUAAUCAUACGGCCUGCAACAUCAUCGUCGAUUGCUGAGGAAAACGUAUCUGACUCCCGAUCUACCCGACGCAGUAAUGAGAUUGCAAAAACGACUCAGACCGCGGAGUUAGUCACACCCAAGCCAGCUUUAAAAGCUGGGCCUGCUAGAGCGGAUUCUGGGCACCUCGCCUCAACGGAAAUUCAGGUUCAUCAAAGCCAUAAAGUUCCAUACAGCUCAUCAACUUCAAAUUUGCAAAUCUUUUCUACUCUCAGUGGAAUGAUACCAGAAACACCGUAUCAUUUGCCACCUAACACUCAGGUACCUGUCACUGGUAUGAAGAGGAACUGGCCCAAUAUGUCCUCGGACGACGCUCAUAUCCCAGCUUCUGCUCCAGCAAUAGUAGUCAACGCGGCUUCAAGCUCGCUCGAUGAGCAUGCCAACAAAAGAAGACGUUUCGAAAGCCCAUCUUCUGAUCGGGUACCCUCAUCUCAUUCAGAUGUUCAAACGUUAAGAGCACCAUUGGAGAGUGCAAGAGUUUCAACCACAAAUUCAGAUCAAUCAUUACCGAAGCCGCACGAUAGGACGGAAAUUAUGAGAGCAAACUCAGAUCAGUCACUCUCUAAACCACCAGAAAUAAUAAGCAUGGCAAGGACAAACUCCGAUCAAUCAGUGACCUCCAACCUCCCAUCUUCAAGCGCAAUAGCCGGUUGGAGCUCACCAGUCAAAAAGCCACUAAAUUCUUACAUCGACUUCGUUUAUAUUAACCCACCAACACCACCAACUUCCGACGCGAUCGUAACCCCAGAAUCAUUCAUAACACCCUCCCUCACCAACCUCGCAAAGCGGCUUCCCUUCGAAAAACACUACAGACCCGCCUUCCAAGCCCGCGAACUUCGACAGGCAGAACGUGGGUACUGGCGAGUUGACGCCAAUCCUUGGCCCAUCGAGCUUCGAAAAACAUUUUGGGACGUCCUCGGCAAUUUCAUCGGGGCAGGGAAAGCAGGGUGGGGAGUACGCGGGGAACGUAAUGAAGACAUGACCAGUUUCAGAGUAUACUGUUGGGGAAUCACGGCGCCGUAUCUUUAUCUUUUAUUAUUCAUCGCGAGUCAGAAUAAGGUGCGGAAGGUGGAAGCUGUAUGGCUUGCAGGUGACAAUUCAGUUUUGGUUAGGAUGCCGGUUCUGGAGUAA